UUGAAACCCUUUCGAUCUCUUCCCAUGGUUCUGGAGCAGAACUAGAAACAUGCCGGCUAAAGGUCCCUUGCAAUCUGUCCAGGUUUUCGGACGUAAAAAAACGGCCACCGCUGUCGCUCACUGCAAGAGGGGCAAUGGCCUUAUCAAGGUUAACGGGAGGCCUCUGGAGAUGAUCGAGCCAGCCACGCUACAGUACAAGCUGCUGGAGCCAGUCCUGCUGCUGGGCAAGGAACGCUUUGCGGGCGUGGACAUCCGCGUGAGAGUGAAGGGUGGUGGACACGUCGCACAGAUCUAUGCUAUCCGUCAGGCUAUUUCCAAAGCCCUGGUUGCGUACUAUCAGAAAUAUGUGGACGAGGCCUCCAAGAAGGAGAUAAAGGACAUCCUCAUCCAGUACGACAGGACCCUGCUGGUGGCCGACCCACGCCGCUGCGAGUCCAAGAAGUUCGGUGGACCUGGGGCCCGCGCUCGCUACCAGAAGUCUUACCGUUAAAACCACUCUGUACAUUUUCAUACAAUAAAGUCAUGCCAAAACAUC